AUGGUGUCAAAGUUAAAAUUCUAAAGAAUUAUACCUCAAAAAACAUAAAAAAUUGAGACUGAUUUAUUAAUAUAUUUUUUAGAAUGGUACAAAUUAAAUAAGAAUAUUUAAAAAGAAAGUCAAUAAUAUUUCGUAAUUAAUCAAAAUUAUUAAUUUCUGGUAAUAAUUAAUAAUCAAAGAAAAUUAAUGGUAAAUAAAUAAAAAAAAAUGGAGUAAUAGAAUAACUCUUUAAAUAUUCUAUAAGAUUUAAUGAAAUCUAACUUAGAAACUCAAACUCAUAUUGACUUACAGUUAAAAAAUUGUACUCUUAGUUAAAAACAAAUUGAUUAACUUAACAAUACUUUAGUAAAAUGUUAAAAGUUAGAAUCUUUAGUAUUAAAUCUAAAUAAGGAAAAUAUUUCAGAUGAGAAGAUAAAUUAAUUAUUUGCUUAAUAUUCUUACCUAAAGGAUUAUGUUGAAACUGAUAAUAAUAUGAGAUAUCAUGCUUUAGAAAAAAUAUAUUCACUUGGAAAAUUUGAAGCUUUUAAACUCAAAUAGUUACACAAGCAACAUAUUUUCUCAAUAUUAGUCAUUGAUUAGGAACAAAAAAAUAAGCAAAUAUUUCUCAAAAAGACUUCAGCUAAAUUUAAUUAAGUAAUAUAAAUAUAUAACAUAUUAUAUAGCAAAAUACCGUACAAAAAUAUAGUGCAAAAUAAAAUAUAUCAUAAAAUACUAGCAAGCUAAAACAUUUUAGUAAAGAUAAGAUUUUUAUAUGAUGAGUUUUUUUCUGAAUAGAUUUUUAUAGUUAGAAGUAACCUUCUUUAUUUAUUUUUUUUGAUUAGUAAAUAAAAUAAUUUGUCGAUUGCUGAUAAGAAAAAGAAAAAAAAAAUAGUAUUUACUAAGAUAAUAAUUAAAUAUCCUGACUUUUAGACAGUUGAUUAGGAUAUGAAAUUGAAAUUUGUUAAUUAUUAAUAAUUAAAAAUCAAAUAAGAAUGA